AUGAGCGAGAGUAAAGAUCCUAUGAAAUCGACAUGGCGCCUUCGCGAUAGACGUCUAUGGAAAGCUCAUCAUUGGAUCAUUGAACGACUCGGCCUACAUCACGUGGACCUCGACAGGAAGGUUCCCAUCCACGAGAAGGGCGAUCCAGUUCCAUACGUUCCGCACUGGCAGUUCCAUCGGUGGAUUAUCGUACACGCCUGUGCACCGCUCAUCCUUCAUCAACUCUUUGUGUCCUACACGGGUUAUAAUUUGCAUCCUGUGGCGGCCUUCAUCUUCUACAGUGCUUUCAUCAAGCUCAUCGCUAUUCACCAAAUCAAUAUUAUGCGCGACCUCGGCCAUAUCCAUGGAUUUCUAGAUGGCGACAAGCACGAGCGCGACAGUGUACCGGACAGGAGCGUGAGGAAGGUCUUACGAUCAUUAAUUUCGACAUCGACAUUUCGGUCCAUGAUGGCCGUUAUCCUUGCGUACCGGAGCUAUGAGGCCCCAAACACCAUCAACUGGAAAAUGGUACCCCUCGAGGUCGGUCUGUAUGGGAUUAUCCUCGACUUUUGGUUCUACUGGUACCAUCGACUUAUGCAUGAGGUCGACUCUCUAUGGCAAUACCACCGAACACAUCAUUUGACGAAGCACCCAAAUCCUCUGUUGGCCCUGUUUGCAGAUUCCGAGCAAGAAUUUUGGGACAUCGCCGGCAUACCGCUGCUCACGUAUGCGACUCUCAAGCUAUUUGGCUUCCCCAUGGGGUUCUAUGAGUGGUGGCUGUGUCAGGAAUACGUCAUUUUCACCGAAUUGAGUGGACACAGUGGUCUACGUAUAUACGCGACAACUCCGUCGCCUUUUGCUUGGCUUCUCAGAUGGUUUAAUUGUGAUCUGUUACUAGAAGAUCACGACCUCCAUCACAGGAAGGGCUGGAAAAAGAGCGGCAACUAUGGCAAGCACACGAGGUUAUGGGACCGAGUGUUCGGAACUUGUAUGGAUCGCAUCGAAUGCCCCGAUGAGACGAUCGACUUUGACAACACGGUAGUUUUUCCACUUAUUUGA